GUAGAGAACACCAUGGACACUUCUCUGGAUAACACUGUUGAGGUGAACACCCCCAACGACGACGACAAAGACGAGGAACACACUGAACGGGAUCGACGGGUUACCAGGUCGUCUUCCAAGAGACCAAAUACAGAAACCGACAAAAACCUCGAUAGCGGCAAUGGACAGAUUAUUGUCAAGACCAGCAAGAAGGCAGCCAAGGUCACCGCCACAAAAAUAGCCACCGUGGACCGCGACAGCCCUGACUACAGAAUGCCAGUGAGAAGGGGCCGAAAUAAUCCCAUGGGGCUCACGCCAGGGUUCUCGCCCUAUCCCAAUCGUCAGGCCCCUACCUCUGAAGCAUGCGAGGAUGUGUAUCGCAUCUUGGCAGCCAUGCAUGGGAAGGUAGAGCAACCCAAGGAAAUGCCCAAAGCAUCUUUGGAGAAGGCCGGAUGUGGCGAGGUACCUUGCGUUUUGGACGCCCUCCUCCGGACGCUGAUUAGCGGCAACACACUGAUGGCCAUGGCGGACCGAGCGAUCAGGAACGUAGCUCAAGAGUACGGUUUACGAGAACACGGCUCAGGCGUGGGGAGCAUCAACUGGGAAAAGGUUGCCAGCGAGCCAGAGGAAAAGCUGGCGCAGGCUAUCAAGGUUUCGGGGAACGGAAACCAGAAAGCCAAGCAUAUCAAGCUGAUCCUCGACAUGGUUGCGUUGGAGAUGGCGCAGCUGGCAAUGGAGAACAAUGGAACGGGCGGCAAGCGAGAAGUCGCCUUCCCAGAGACGUUGAACCUAGACCACAUGCACACCGUCACCAAAGACGAGGCCAUGGCCAAGCUUGUCCAGUAUCCCGGGAUUGGCAUCAAGAGUGCCGCCUGUGUUACACUCUUUUGUCUUCGCAUGCCCUGCUUUGCAGUUGACACGCAUGUCCACCGGUUCUGUCGCUGGCUCGGCUGGGUGCCGGAGAAAGCAAAUGCCGAGGACUGCUUCAGACACUGCGACGUGAAAGUGCCGGAUCACCUCAAGUAUGGCUUACACCAGCUUUUUAUCCGUCAUGGACAACAAUGCUUCAAAUGUCGAAAGGCGACAAGGCCUGGUACGAAGGAGUGGAGGGAGGCACCCGAAUGCCCGUUGGAACACCUGCUGGACCGGGGGAAGGGAGGAGACCAUCGAGAUGGAUAG